GCAUAUUUCCUUACUAUUCCUAUAGAAUUAAUUAUAUUGAUCAGAGUUCCUAAGUCUUUUAGUUGUUUUCUUUACCAUGGUGUUGUUUAUUGUUUAAAUUAUUUUCUGGGUUCUGCUUUACUCUUCAUCAAUUCAUACAAGGUUCCCCAAGUUUAUCUGAAAUCAUUCCUUUCAUCAUUUCUCAUGGGGGAAUAAUAUUCCAUUCUUUUCAUAUGCCAUAGUUUGUUCAGCUUUUCCCCAGUUGAUGGGCACUCCUUUAGUUGCAGCUCUUUGUUAUUUCAAAAAGAGCAGGUUUAUAUAAACGUGCCUUUUCUUCCAUGAUUAAUGUCAUGUUAGGUAGUAUGGGAAGUUCCAAGGAAACUGUUGUCAACUAAAUUACCUAAAUACCUAAACAACAUAAUAUAGUGAAUUAGGAAUUAAAAUUAGGAAGGCAGAAGUUAAAUCUCCUGCCUGACUCUAAUGAAUAGUAUGAUCUGGUAGUGUUAUUUUACUUUUCUGAGCCUUCAUUUCCUCAUCUGUAAAAUAAAGAUAAUACUUUUAGCGUCUCCCUCAUUAGAGAUAUUAUAGGACUUACAGUAUGUAAAAUGCUUUGCAAACUUUAAAAGUGCUAUAUAAAUACAUUCAUAAAACAACUAGAGGCUGAUGUAAGGUAACAAAAUAUGUGCUAAGCAAUGUGUUAGUGUAAUAGAAAUUCAGAAAGGAAAAAAAAAACAGCAUGACCUUUAGGGUUUUGGAAAGACUACUUACAAGAAUAGAUUUGAGCUGGGUUUUGAAAGUAAUAAAGGAUUUAAAUUAGUAGAGAGGAGAAUCUGAAUUUGGGUAGAUGGAACUAGUUGAUGUUGGCAUUUAACCAAGUUGAGGAAUACAGAGUUGAUAGAAGACUUAUAAAUUUUUGAGGAAAAGAUGAUGAACAGUGGAGCAGAGGUAUGUAAAAUGCAUACUUUUCUUUCGUUAUCCUCCCUUUCUGUCUCAUGUAUACAUUCCCUCUGGAAGAUCUUCCAUUUCAUGACAUUGAGCUUCUUCUUCUGAAUUAAUGACCUCUUUAAUUAAUGUUCCUUCUCUGUGCCUCAGUUGUCUAACCUAUAACAUGAGGGUUUUGAGCUAUUACAUCUAAGGGCCCUUAUAGCUCUUAACAUUUUUGUUUGGUUUUCAAUGUUUUAGUGACAGAGACAUCCAAGUAGAGAAUUCCUUUUAGGUAGUUGAAAAUAUAGAAUUGGAACUUAGUUGACAAGUUAGAGAAGACAGUUAUUUAUCAGUUCAGAGGUUGUGGUAGCACUCCAAGAGAAAGCAUAUUCAGAGGCAGAAGGCCAAGUAGUAAAUCUUGAGACGCACACAGAGUUUGAAUGAAUAGCCCAGAAGGUGCUAUCAGAGGAGUUAGAAAUGCUUUUGGUAGUAGGUGGUAAUUGUGGUAGUGAAAAUCUGGGAGAGUGAAAUGUCAUAAAAACCAAAGGUACACAGUCUUGACAAGCCUGAGUUGAUGUCACACUAGUGUUAAAUGUAGCAAUAGCAAUCAAAAGCAAGGACUCAAAUGAGAAUUAUUAGGUUUAUGAAGAAAAAAGUUACUCUUCUUGGAGAGAACAUUAUCAGUGGAGUGGUAGAGUUAGGAAUCGAAACUGUAAGGUAUCUAGGAAGGAAUAAAUAGGAACUGCAAACAACAUAGGUAAACCAUUUGAGGAAUGGAAAAAGGAAUAGGAUGGAAGGUAUCAUGGGAAGAGUUUUGUUUAGGAUUUUGGGGACCCAAGAUUACUUGGAAGACUGAAAAAACAAGGAUUCUGUGGAGAAGAGGUUUAUAUUAUUUCAGUUUCAGUGUAUCUCAUGGUUUUCUUGUGAAAAUGUGGCUUGUACAUAUUCAAUAAAGAUUUGAAUUAAAUGUAGAAUACUACUUUGGUGCUUGAAGGAUUUAUAAUUUUAUAAAUGUGGCUAUGUCCUGUUUAUUGAUGCAUCAUAACCUCCCUACAAUUCAAUAGCUAACAACCUUUAUUAUUACCUAGUGCUUUCCAUAAACUUAUGUCCUUUGAACCAAAAACAAACAAACAAACAAAAAAAAACAGUGAAAUAGGCGCUAUUUUAUAUUAUACUGAUUUUACAGAAUAGAAAACAUGCUGAGUGACGGUAAGGGAUGUGUCCCAGAGUCUCAAAGCUAUUAACUGUUUGAGAUAGAAUUCAAACCUAAGGUGUUUUUUUGUUUGUUUGUUUGUUUUUUAAUCCUUACCUUGUCUUGGAGUCAAUACAAUGUAUGUAUUGGUUCCAAGGCAGAAGAGUAGUAAGGGCUAGGAAAUGGAGGUUAAGUUACUUGCCCAGGGUCACACAGAUGGAAAGGGUCUGAGGUCAGAUUUGAACCCAGGACCUCCUGUCUCUAGGCCUGACUCUCAAUCCACUGAGCUACCCAGCUGCCCCCUCAAACCUAGGUCUUAAAGAAUCUGAGUCUAACAUUCUUCAUAGGCUGCGUGUGCUUGUUCAUUGAUUGAUUAGACCAGUGGUUCUCAACCUUUCUAAUGCCGUGACCCCACAAUACAGUUCCUCAUGUUGCAGUGACCCCAAACCAAAAAAUUAUUUUGGUGGCUACUUCAAAACUGUAAUUUUUGCUACAGUUAUGAUUCAGAAUGUAAAUACCUUAUAUGCAUCACUCAUUGCUACUAAUUGAGAGGUUGAGAACUGCUGGAUUAGUCCAAGAGUUGCCAUUUCCCAGUGAUUCUUCUGGCCUUUACCAGUAGAGCUCUAUCUUCUAACAAAGUACAGCUAAGUAAAACAGACUAAAACUUUGAACUUUAUAUUUUAAAAGAUCUAUUCAUAUUUUCUACUAUCAUUUUUUGGAUUUUUAUGUAUUGAUUUAGUGAAUGUCACAGAUAAAGCAAACAAUUAUAAAGCAUUUAGUUUGUCACUCUCAUGUCAACAUGGCAAAGAACCUCUCUGAACUUGCUAGGCUGGUUUUUGAACAGUUGGCACAGUCUCUCAGUGGACCCUUUUUUGAAGCUUUUACAAGCUCUGUGCAGUCUGCACCCUCCUAGCUUUGUCCCCCCAGGACCUAGGGCAUCAAACGAUGACUUUAAUAAAAAAUAUUAAUUCUACCAGAGAUAAAAUGAGAACUGAUCAUUUUCAAAUUCACAAGGUAUGGUCGGACUCCAAAAUCAGCACUUGCAACUGAGGCUAUUAAAAUGCUUCCCAAAGUUGGUAUUCACUUUUGUACAUAUUUAUUUGCCUAACAUGUCACACAGGUUUGUUUGACUAUUGAUCUUGUUGGUUUGUGAAUAUCAUGCUGUUGUAUCUCAGAGUUAAUAUGGUAGACUCUCUCAGAAUGAGCCAUGCAUAAAAGUUCAUGAUGCAACCAGUGUAUUUGAAUUCAUUGGCAGAGGGCUGUGCCUCCAGUCAUGUGAUCGGGGGUUGCUGUGAUUAGCUGGUACGUUUGCAGGAUUCUAUGUUUAAAUUGGUGUGUAGAGGAGGAGGAGAAGCUGCAGACAGUGAGUCAGCAGUUAGGGCUGGUCAAAGGUUACUGGGAAGUUCAGCUCCUGUCAAUAUUCCAGGUUCUCUUCCCCGUUCACCAUCUUUGCAUUCAUCAUCCUCUCUCUCAACUUCCCCACUCAGUUCUUUGUCUCAGUCAUUAUCUCAGCCACUUAUUCCAUCCACUAUGACUCCUCACCAACAGCAGCCUCAACAUUUGAAAUCAGAACAUAAUGUUUUAGGCACUUCAGCCUCUUCUCAUAAUUCUCUAGGUUUAAAUGGUGUCAAUGGCAGCAUCUGGGAUUUUGUAACUGGGAGUUUCUCUCCUAGUCCUUCCCCUAUAUUGAGCACUGGAACUGCCCCUUCAUCAAAUUCAAGUGCUCAUGGCAGUGAAUUAGCUCGAGUCAGGCGGGAACUUGAUGAGGCCAAGAGGAAAAUCAAACAGUGGGAAGAUUCUUGGCAACAAGUAAAACAGGCUUGUGAUGCAUGGCAGAGAGAGGCCCAUGAAGCAAAGGAGCGUGCUAAAGUAGCAGAUACUGACAAACAGUUAGCUUUACAGAAGAAGGAAGAAGUUGAAAAUAAAUUUAAACGGCUACAGGAAGAAUUUGAAAGGCUUGGUUUAUCCUCCAAAUUUCCUGUUCUGAGAAGCUAUGGAGACAUAGAGACCAUCCCUUUACCAAAGCUGCAUUCCUUACAAAGUCAGCUGCGUUUAGAUUUAGAAACUGUGGAUGGGGUAAUUUUCCAACUUCAUUCGAAAAAAUGUGUCGUGUGCCAUGAACAUGAUCGUAGUAUAGUUCUGCAGCCAUGUCAGCAUUAUGUCCUCUGUGAGCACUGUGCAUCUAACCAGCCUGAAUGUCCUUACUGCAAGGCUCAGCCAAUCAAGUGGUGACCCCCAGCCCUGGUACUCGUCUGUAGCUCUUUAUGAAAUGACAUCUGCUAUAUCAUGGUAACUAAUUAAGGACACUAUUUUAGGUUUCUAGUAUUUUAUAUAAAAGACAGAUGUAGUAAUUAGUGACAGACUGAUCACAAUCUGGACCUCCAAGGAGAUAGAUAAUGAUAGUUUUUUUAAUGACUAUUAUUUGACUGCCUUUACAUAUUGACUUUUUUUUUUUAACCAACCAUGUCCUAAUGUUUCAUGGCUACUUUGAUCCUCAAAACCCUUAAGAACGAACACGAACACACACACACACACACACACACACACACACAAAAUUCAUUUUCUCUUUCUGAACUAAGCAUAGCAAAGGUGCCUAUUCUGAAUGUUGUUCAGUGGGGAACAAAGUAUCUCUCUGUUACGUGAAUAGGCAGCCUCAUUGAAAAAUGUCCCUCAGAGCAUUUAAUCUAUGACCUGUUAGUGUGUGUGUGUUAUAAAUCAUGCCAGUAUUUUGGAAUCAGUCUAACACUACUGUUUACUAGAUUAUUAGAAGAAGUUUGAUUCUUGUGAAAGCACUUUGUUAACCAGGGGGUUUAGUUAGAGGUUAUGAUGUUGUUUUAAAUUGCUUUAAGCUGCUUUCUAGGUUUCAUGUUUUUUUUUUUAAUAUACGAUAAUAUGAAGCUUUAUAUGUGUACUGUGAACUUAAAAUAUUUCAUAUCAGUUUAUUAUUGUUAAAUCAUAGUAUGGUAAAUAUAUUGUUAGAUUUCAUAUUCUGAAAUUAGUACUUAUAAAAUGAACAUUUAUCUAGUAGUGAAAAACUUGCCUAGGAUUUUUACAGUUUUCAAAUUAAGUGCAAACAGAUAGUAUUUAUAAGCAAAGAGAGUGAUUAUUGAAAGGCACAUAUACUUAAGCAUUUAGAUAGGUUUUUAAUUUUAUGAAAGGAACUAAUUUUCCUAAACGUGUGCAUUUGCACAUAUUCCAAUUGGAGUUUUGUAAUCCUAAUGAAAUGAUUUUAAGAGAGAUCUAUCAUGCAUUUAUAUGAUCCAUGGCCACUUUUUCCAAGUGCCUAUAUGCCUUGCAAAAGAAUUGAAGGAAAGAGCUUACAUUUUUUAUUUUGUUCUUUUAUCCCUUAAAAAUGUGCAAGACAAUUUGAUACUAACAAAAAUCCUUACCUUUCUGUAAUGAUAACAACUCAAUAAUCUUGUAAGGGAUGUGACACUAGAAUUUUUAAAUUUGAAUUAAACUACACAGCUGUGUUUGGUGAUCAAAUUAUUUAGGUCUUUAAUCAGGCAAUGGUGCUUUGUAAUUUUUUAGAGUUGUUGAUAGUCAUUCGUAUUUAACACUGACCGUUGGGAGUAUGCAAUUCAGGAGAAAUCAUUUACUGUAUGUUAACACUGUAUUUUGUUACUUUCAUAGAAUUAGCUUUUGGUAUAGGAAAAUGUUAACAAUGGUGGUUUUAUUCUACAAAUAUGAGUGUGACACAGGUACAGCUGACAUUGAAAAGACCUUCUACUGUGUUACCUAAUUUGUAUAUUCAAUUACUGUUCUCAACAUAAGAAGUUCAUUCAUGUGACCAGCAAAGUUUAAUUUAAUCUCUUAAAAAUGUCUUGAAAAUGAACAAAUCCAGGCUAACCACACCCUUUCAACUUUGGCAUCUGGCUGAGUGAAUUGGAAUAGUUAGAAGAUCUGGGGGGCCUGGACUGAGGGCAGGCCUAAGAAGGCAGCUCACCAGGGAGUAGAUCCAGCACCUUCUUAGUCAGUAGGCCCAGGAUGUUUAUAUGAAGGGUGGAUGGAGAGGGAGGGAGGAAGUGACAGAGGAGACAAGGUUGAGCCUGGCCUUUUGCUCCCUCACCACUAAGCCUUUUCAACACAAAGAGCUAUAGGCAGGAAGACAAAAUAAAAUCGGACUCCUGUGGCAAUAAGCUGGGAGUGCAAAUUGGGAAACAGAGAGCAGGAGCAUUUGUGCACUGAGAUAUGAACAAAACUUUAGAAUGUUUUCUGACAAGGAUUCUAAUCACUCCUACUCUGGAUUUGGACAUUUUCCUUAUAUAUUAAACACUUGAGAAAAAUGGUUUCAGUUUAUCCAAACUAACUUUAUUCUCAGCAGAGCAGGUUGCUGCCUCCAGACACUUAGGUCUAGGUGGUGCUAUAAUUAGAGCAGUUUUUUGUUUUUUGUUUUUAUUCACCAAAUGGAGAUUUGGGGAGGGAAGGGUGUGAGGCAAGGAGAGAUGAAGUGGUACUUGAAUAAUCAAGCUUUGCUGUGAAUAUCAAUGGACUUCUCUACUUGUGUGGGCUUUGCCAAAGACUUUUAUUAAACAUUAAUAGCAUUUUUUUAAAAGUGCAAAGUGACUAGGUAAGAAUUUUUAACAGUGACCAAAUUAGAAUGUAUUGUAAGGUAGUAGAUGAUGUUUUGAUUUUUUAAAAAAUGUUUUAAAACCUACAACUGAUUUUAGACAAUGGUUUUAUUAUCUCAAUAUAGAAGAAUGUGGCACCACAACAUUCUGCAGCUAUUGUGCUAAUAACAAAGGUAACUAUGUUCCUAGUUUUUAGUGAAGGUUUUUUGUUUUUAAUUGUAGUGAAAUGAUUCAGAUUUAUAUUAAAAAGUGGUCAUAUGCCUCAAUGCUUUUAGUUCAGUACUUAAAUAUAUUUUUGUGCUACUGUUAUCACUGUUUAAAAUUCUUUUAUUUUUAUUAAUAUUUAUGCACUUGUUUCUCAUUUUAGGCCUUUUAUUUGGCCUUUUUGGGGUAACAGGACAGUGUUUAUUGUCUAUAAUUGACUUUUCAAAAUUAUGAACAAGUUAGAACAAUUAAGCUUUAGAUCUUCAUAAGCUAAUGUGGUCAGUUUUUUUUGUUGAAUUUGGCUAAUUCUCAGGAGAUGACUUAUCUCCAGAGCUAACAUUCCCAUGGCAUCUCCUUCACACAGUGAGGAGAAGAUAGGGGCUGGGCUCUUCCCAAAGGCCCACCAUUAAGAAGCACAUUUGGCAUAGGGCCUGGAUUUUCUAGUAGUAAACACCUGUGUUGGCUCUCUGUGUAAUAAUCACUGAUAGUUUUUCAGUGUGAGAAGAGUUGCAGGUGUGUGUCCUUAUGUUAUUGUAGUGCUCAUCAUAGACUGAAAUUUGAGUUUUUAAAGACUGGGAGGAAAAAGGAGAGACCAAAGAAAUGUACCUAUGAGUGAAAUUCCCAGAGUAAGCAGCCUGGUCCUCUGUUACAUGCUACUAUUCUGGCCAGUUUCCUGGGUGUGCUGAAUGAACCAUUUACAUAAAGAAAGAUGCUUUCUCUGUGCCACUUUAAGUCUAUAGUCUGUUUCAGUUCCUUAGAAAUGUGACCUCCACAAGAGCAAUUUCCAGUCUUUUCCAAAGUGAUAUUUUUAAUACUGGAAAGUACAUGUUACAGUGAAUAGGAAAAUGCUCAAUAGGGAAUGUCACAGGUUUCAUUGGCCUGGGCAAACCUGCUAAAUAGAAACUAACAGAUGCAAGACAGACCUAACAAUAUUGUAGUUUAUUCAUUGUUUCCAUUUCUCUGAAGUUGAAUCACCCCAGUGCUUGUAGGGACCAUGUGGCAGAGAGCAAGUUGAGUGUUUUUUGAAGUGAAUGCAGUUCAGGCCUUGUGCUCUCUGUAGAUUGAAGUAGCCAGGGAGCAGAGGAGACACCUGUCUCAGGGUGGGUUUCACAGUAAAGAAUUCUUGUUCUACAAAGUGGAGAGUGUUGGUUUCAAAAGGAGCUCGAACUGUGUGUUUAUAGAUAUGUUCAAAUUAUUCCAUCAUCAUUUUUGUUGCCUAUUGUCUUUCAACUAUCUAGUGUUAAAUAUUGGUAGUAAUAUUAUUGUCACAAUAUAUUUGUGUAACUGUGGUCAGCAUAAGACCUUAAUUCAAUAUGGACUUUUCAUAUGUAUUAAUUUAUGAAAGCCGCUAAUAUGGUUUGAGUGUUUAGAUGAGAAUGUUAUUGUGAAUGGAAUUUCCUUAACCCAGAAGGUAGUAUUUAUAAUGCAUAAUCAUUUACUUGUAAUGAAUUGUUUAAGAUUGUUAACACUUGUUAAAUUUUUUUACACUAUAGCAUUUAUGCAAUGGUUUACAGAAUUCAUGGAAUUAUUUUUAUUAUCAGUAUGGGAAUUAAAAUUUUGAAUCUUUA